GACCUGAGCAACAAAGAUAUGAAGAGAGAUCUCUACAUCGUAUCACAAGUUAUUCGAACAGGUCGCAUGCUGCUGAAUGACAGUAAGAAAGGUCCGGCACAUGUUCAGUACCGCAGACCAUACGGCUGCGCUGUUCUGGCCAUGAGUGACGUGCUGCAGAUCAUCUCAGAGCUCAAAGAGGAGAAAGACUUUGUUCUUAAAGUCUACACGUGCAACAAUGAGAAUGAAUGGUACCAGAUCCAUGAAAACAUCAUCCGCAAGUCGAGCACCAAAUACACAGCUCCCAGCACCAACUACGGACUGAUCAUCUCCCUGCAGCUGCUCAGAGGCGACAUGGAGCAGGUCCGCAGAGAGAACCCUCUCAUUUUCAGCAGGGGGGUGGCCAUCACUCGGAAACUGGGAUUCCCAGAUGUCAUCAUGCCAGGCGACAUCCGUAAUGACCUCUACCUAACUCUGGAGCGAGGAGACUUUGAGAGAGGAGGGAAGAGUGUUCAGAAAAACAUCGAAGUGACUAUGUAUGUCAUCUACGCAGAUGGUGAAAUACUGAAGGACUGCAUCAGUCUGGGUUCAGGCGAGCCCAACAUCCCUGAGUAUCGCUCCUUCGUCCUCUACCACAACAACAGCCCCCGCUGGAGUGAAGUGAUUAAGCUGCCGAUUCCCAUCGAUCGUUUCAGAGGCUCCCACCUCCGCUUUGAGUUCAGACAUUGCUCCACAAAGGAUAAAGGAGAAAAAAAACUUUAUGGCUUUGCCUUCACUCCUUUAAUGAGGGAGGAUGGAACAACUUUAUCUGACGAGAGUCAUGAGCUCUAUGUCUACAAGUGCGAUGAGAACACAACCUUCAGUAACCACGCCCUCUACCUGGGCCUUCCCUGCUGUAAGGACGACUUCAACAGCUGCCCCAACAUCCCCUCCAGCCUCAUCUUCCAGCGAAGCACCAAGGAGACAUUCUGGAUCUCCACGCAGCUCUCCUCCACCAAACUCACUCAGAACGUGGACCUCCUGGCCCUGCUGAAGUGGAAGGCCCAUCCUGAACGGGUCAUGGACAUCCUGGGGCGUCUGCGACAUGUCAGUGGUGAAGAGAUAGUCAAGUUUCUCCAGGAUAUUCUGGACACAUUAUUCUCCAUCUUGGAUGACAACACAGACAAAUAUGGACCCCUUGUGUUUCAGUCAUUGGUUUUUAUCAUAAACUUGCUCAGGGACAGUAAAUACUACCACUUCAGGCCGGUGAUGGACACAUAUAUCCAGAAACACUUUGCUGGAGCUCUGGCCUACAAAGAGCUGAUUCGCUGUCUGAAGUGGUACAUGGAUCGUUCUGCCGAGGUGGUCAGACAGGACCACAUUCAGGAAGCAAUGAGGGCUCUGGAGUAUCUGUUCAAGUUUAUCAUCCAGUCUCGGAUCCUCUACUCACGGGCCACGUGCGGGAUGGAGGAGGAGCAGUUUCGGACCAGCAUCCAGGAACUCUUUCAGUCCAUCCGCUUCGUCCUCAGCCUGGACAGCCGCAACUCGGAGACCCUCAUAUUCACUCAGGGCUCCCAGCCUUGCCCCGGCCCCAAUCAGGCUCCAGGCCCCUGCAUAGGGCCUGCAGGCCCGUUAGCACUAGUCUCUGCCCUGGGGCAAAUCCAGACCCCUGUCCCAGGACAGGUUCCUGGGAGCGGUCCAUCUAACUGCUCUCAGGCCUGGAGCUCCAACGCUCUGCGGCCAGCUUCGCUGUCAGCUGCACUGUUAAACUCAUUCCCUGCCAUCUUCGACGAGCUGCUGCAGAUGUUCACGGUGCAGGAGGUGGCAGAGUUUGUGCGGGGCACUUUGGGCAGCAUGCCGUCCACGGUGCACAUAGGACAAUCGAUGGACGUGGUGAAGCUGCAGUCCAUAGCCCGAACCGUGGACAGUAGGCUCUUCUCUUUCCCUGAGUCUCGAAGGAUCCUGCUUCCCGUGGUCCUGCAUCACAUCCAUCUUCAUCUGAGACAACAGAAAGAGCUGCUCAUCUGCUCAGGGAUACUCAGCUCCAUUUUCUCCAUUAUCAAGAGCAGCUCACUGGACACGUCGGUGCAGGAAGAGGUGGAGAUGAUGGUGGAGUCUCUGCUGGACGUCCUCCUGCAGACGCUUCUGUCGAUCAUGAGCAAGAGCCAAUCGCAGGAGGCGGUAAGGGGUCAACGCUGUCCGCAGUGCACCGCGGAGAUCACUGGAGAGUACGUCUCGUGUCUCCUCUCGCUUCUUCGCCAGAUGACUGACAUCCACUUUCAACACUUGAUGGAAAAUUUUCAAAGCAAGGACGAGCUCAAGGAGUUCUUGUUGAAGAUUUUGUGCGUGUUUAGAAAUCUGAUGAAGCUCAGUAUAUUUCCCCGCGACUGGAACAUCAUGAGGCUGCUCACCAGCAACAUCAUCCUCACCACAGCUCAGCAACUCGCUCCUGCGCUGCACAAGAACUUUGCUGAAACAGACUUUGACUUCAAGGUGUGGAACUCCUACUUCAGUCUGGCUGUUCUCUACAUCAACCAGCCGAGUUUACAGCUGGAGAACCUGAGUCCUGUGAAGAGGAAGAAGAUCUUAGACAAGUAUGGUGACAUGAGAGUAAUGAUGACUUAUGAACUUUUCAACAUGUGGCAGAACUUGGGAGAGAAUAAGAUCCAUUUCAUUCCUGGGAUGAUCGGACCGUUCCUCGGAGUGACGCUGGUCCCUCAGGUGGAGGUGAGAAACAUCAUGAUUCCGAUCUUCCACGACAUGAUGGACUGGGAGCAGCGCAAAAAUGGAAACUUCAAACAGGUGGAGGCUGAACUAAUUGACAAGUUGGACAGUUUGGUGUCGGAGGGGAAGGGUGAUGAGAACUACAGAGAGCUGUUUGGGCUGCUAACCCAGCUGUUUGGGCCCUAUCCCAGUCUGUUGGAGAAGAUUGAGCAGGAGACGUGGAAAGAAACAGGAAUCUCGUUUGUUACAUCGGUUACACGGUUGAUGGAGCGACUGCUGGACUACAGGGACUGUAUGAAGGGAGAUGAGACAGAAAACAAGAAGAUUGGCUGCACAGUGAACCUUCUUAAUUUCUACAAAUCGGAAAUCAACAAAGAGGAGAUGUACAUCCGUUACAUCCACAAAUUGUGUGACAUGCAUCUGCAGGCUGAGAACUACACUGAGGCUGCAUUCACCCUGCUGUUGUACUGGGAGCUGCUGCACUGGGACGAGCGACCAGUUAAAGAGUUCCUGCAUUAUCCUGCUCAGACUGAGUGGCACCGGAAGGAGGGCCUCUGCCGCAAAGUCAUCCACUAUUUCAACAAGGGAAAGUGUUGGGAAUUUGGCAUUCCUCUGUGCAGAGAACUGGCCUUCCAGUAUGAAUCUCUCUACGACUACCAGAGUCUCAGCUGGAUACGGAAAAUGGAGGCAGCAUAUUAUGACAAUAUCAUGGAGCAGCAGCGUCUGGAGCCGGAGUUCUUCAGGGUGGGAUUCUACGGCAGGAAGUUUCCUUUCUUCCUCAGAAACAAAGAGUUUGUCUGCCGGGGCCAUGACUAUGAAAGGUUAGAAGCCUUCCAACAAAGGAUGCUGGGAGAAUUCCCACAAGCCAUUGCAAUGCAGCACCCGAAUCAGCCAGAUGAGGCCAUUCUGCAGUGUGAUGCACAGUACCUCCAGAUUUACGCCGUGACACCGUUUCCAGAAAGCGUCACCGUCCUUCAGAUGGACAGAGUUCCAGACCGCAUCAAGAGCUUCUAUCGAGUGAACAACGUUCGGCGAUUUCGUUACGACCGGCCGUUCCACAAAGGACCCAAAGACAGAGAGAAUGAGUUUAAGAGUCUCUGGAUAGAAAGGACGACUCUGAUCCUCACCCAUCCUCUGCCUGGAAUUUCACGCUGGUUUGAGGUAGAAAAGAGGGAACUGGUGGAGGUGAGUCCAUUGGAAAACGCCAUCUCUGUGGUGGAAAAUAAGAACCAGGAGCUGCGGACUCUGAUCAGUCAGUACCAACACAAGCAGCUGCACGGGAACAUCAACCUGCUCAGCAUGACGCUGAAUGGAGUCAUCGACGCCGCCGUGAACGGGGGCAUCGCCAGAUACCAGGAGGCUUUCUUUGAUAAGGAGUACAUCACUAGUCACCCUGAAGACACAGAGAAGAUCACGCAGCUCAAAGAUCUCAUGCAGGAGCAGGUUCAUAUCUUAGGGGUGGGCUUGGCUGUGCACGAGAAGUUGGUGCACCCAGAAAUGCGUCCCCUGCACAAGAAGCUGAUCGAUCAGUUCCAGAUGAUGAGGAGCAGCCUCUGCCAUGGUCCACCUGGUUUUGAUAAGUCUGGCUCAGGAAUCAACAGAGGGAUCCUGGCCUCUCACAACCCGAUGAGUCCUGAGGGCUUCAAGCUCAUGCACCGACACAGUCCCAUUGCUGUUUUGACUCCAGUGCGCAUUUCCUCCCCUUCUCUUUCCUCUAACUCCAGUGAAGCAGGAAAUCUGCUGAUCCUGGCGGAUGGCAUGGUGGUGGAGCACCCAGAGGACUUCUAUCGUAUGCAGGCGAGCCCCUCCUCUUCAAGUCUUAGCUCCACCCACUCUGCGCCUCCUCAGAUGAUAAACUCCACCCCUUCCACAUUAAGAGUGGGCUCCCCUUCUCUGCCAGACAAGUACAGACACAAUAGAGAAAUGCUGAUGCUGCUGCCGCCCCACAGGGAGAGGCCGAGCAGUGCAAUGUACUCCAACAUCACAGAGAAUGGACAGCCACCAAACUUUCAGAGAGCCUUGUUUCAUCAGGUGAUCGGUCCCUGUAAGCCCUGCAGUGACCCCAACCUCUCUGUGGCUGAGAAAGUCCUCACCACUCCCAGCAGCUGGAGUUUGGACAGCGGCACCAGGGAGGCUCUGCCUUUCCUUUCUUCUCAUGUUGGCAGCGUUAUGGCUCCACCGGUUCCCCCGCGGAACGUGCCUCAUGGGCAGCACCUGUCGAUGCACUUUGACGCUUUCCACCACCAGGUCAGCGACCUCCCUCCAGCUCUCCCUGCGCGCUCCUUAAGAAAGUCUCCCCUGCACCCUAUACCUGCCUCGCCCACCAGUCCGCAGUCCGUCCUGGAUGGCAGUAACUCCACACUCUCAGGCAGUGCCAGCUCUGGGGUUUCAUCCCUCAGUGAGAGCAACUUUGGCGGUGCGACCUCCUCCUCAGACCCCCCGGCCAGCCGCACAGACACCCUGGAGUCCGUCCCGAGCAGCCAGGCCUGGACCACCGACCAGGAAGACUUGGACUCUCCUUAUCAGCCCGUCAGGUACAGCAUGUCUGAGCCAGACGUCCUGGAGGGAGUUAAAUCCCCGCCUUGCCGCAGCAACUCUGCCCCGGGAGGAGUCAACCCGCCCCAGGUCAUCUAUCAGAUCCAGUCUCAGGCUCCAGGUUUGGGCUUCACCGGACCUCAGUCCCAACAGCCGGAUGGACUGCAACAGCAACAACACCCGUUUUACCACCACCACUUCCACCCACACUACAUUCCCCACAAUCCACCUCUCUAUCAUCUCCAUGAGCCCCCUCCUGCCGUACCCCCUAAACCCUACCUCAGAGAGGGCUGCAUCCCUGAGGAGGACCACCUGAUCACCCAAUCUGGUCCAUCGCGCCCUCCUGUACCUCGACCAAUGCCGCGUAAGAUCUCCCAGCCCUUAAUCGCAGCAACCAAGGACGAACAAGCUAAGGUGGCGUGGGAGCACGGCAUCAGUGAGGAGUGAGUUCAGCCAGUGGAUCAGAUAAACAAAAUAGAAGCUCUUUGUUGAACAUAAACAUGAAACUGCUUCUGAAACAUUCAGAUUCCCCUCAGAGGUCCUUCAGGAACCACUGAUGGUUCAAAUGAUCUGCUUUCUCUCAGACUCUCUCCUCUGCGAGCCGGUGAAAUGUUCUCAGCAUUCGAACAUUAUCUUUUCAUCUCACUGCAUCACUGUAUAGACUGAUAUAGCUUUCCUUCUACAUCAUUAAGGAUUAAAAUAAGGUCACGUUUCCAAAUGAUGCCGCUUCCUAAAACCCCACAGAUCUCAUUAUUUAUUUUGAUUUAAUUUACAAGCAUAUUAUCCUACUGACAUGAAAUUUAAGUUAAAAUUUGCACAGGAAUUAUAUUUUCUUUAUACACUGAUAAGGGUAUAUGAAUGGCACUUUAUGAAAGGAACAAGCAAGAUUUAAGAGGAAUUUUUCUUCCCAUUUAUUAAUAAAAAGAGCAAACUGAUCAAGCAAACAGUUUUGCUGAGAACCAGAUGGAAACUCAAAAUAUUGUUUUUUAGAAGUUUAGAAAAGCCAGCGUAAUAACAAAAUGAAUCAGUAAUCUUGUAAAUCUAAUGACAAUGGCAACCUUGAUGGAACUGAGAAGUAUUUUUCCAGUGGUAUGUGUGUAAAAAUGAAACAGUAUAUAACGUAAAAAAUGUCUAAUUUAUAUUUAAAGUUUAUACUUUUGGUUGAAAGUGAAGUCGGUGUAGAAAUAUGCAAGAUGUUGGCUUUCUGAGUCCAAAGUGGCUGCUUGAUAAACGUGCACUUGUUUGAAAGGUGGCAAAUUGCCUCACAACCACAAAGACUUUAAAUUUAAAGUUGUAAAACCCAUUUUACUGAAAGCUGUGAAGGUGCAGUGGAUUUGUUUUGUUUUAGCUGAUGAUGGUUCUGUGGUUGAACCUGUAAAUAAACAUAGUUUUAUGUGCAGGGACAUUUAUAAAGAAUAUUAGCUACAAUAAAUACACACUGUCAUUUUUAUGAAAGUAACGACUGAAUCUUAUUUUAAAAUCAGGGUAAUGUUUGUAUGCAUGUUUGUUUUGUGGAAUCUGACACUCAAACAGAGACUGUGAGCGGUCCCCAGAGGGCAAUACCUAAAAAGCACGGCAAAAAUACUGUCCACUGAUGUUUCUGUAGCUUAGAAAAUGCAACUAUUAAAGUUGAGGUUUGUUUCUGCUGAUAAAUAAAUGCAUUUGUUUAUAGUUUUCUUUUUUGUUUACAUUUUUUAUAGUAACAGAAGUGACCUGAAUUUAAUCAAACGAUAUACUAUUUUCACUUUCACAAUCUGACUACUGUAAAUAGUUAAUUUUAACACAGUUCUGAACAAAUGUCCUGUAUUUUAGGUUUUGAGGUGUAAGUUAAAGACUUUAGUCUUGGAGACAGAUCACCAUGUUGACAGAUGUUGGUGCCUCUAGCAUCAGUUUUUAAAAUGUCCUGCUUCUGUUGCUGCUGUUCAUAAAUAUGUACAUGUUUUCCUCCAUGUUGCGUUCACUAACUGUAACCCAAUGAAUUACAAUCAUCAUUAUUAUCAGUUUCA